CUCUUCUGGGAAUUUCUGCAGCUUGUUUGUUCUUUGAAAAUACAUCAUGUUACAAUUUUGUUACACUUAUUAAAACAAAAUCUUUCCUAUAAAACUUCUCACAAGUAAGCUUGCUAGACCUUUGGGAACAGAACGCCAGAACAGAGAGGACUUGCAUAGAAACCUAAGCAUGAACUUGAUUCUCCUGUCAGCCCUUUUAACAGGUCUCCAUAGCUUUGUAGUAGGUAAACCUGUCCAGGUGGCCACAAGAAACAAUGAAGCAGAUACAAUUGUAUAUGAGAGUGACAUUGUCUUGAGAAGACAGAAACGCAGUGCAAUGAACUGUGACUGCUUCUGGCCCAAGUCCCAGGAUGGGCUAGUCAAGAUUCCAGUUAAUGUCUCUUCAGAUUUUUCUGUGACAGAGAGAGCUUGGAUUGUUGAAGCCAUGCAGGAGUUCAAUACAUUGACUUGUGUCCAGUUUGUAAAUCGCACAACUGAAAGCAGCUACAUAAAAGUUGUACCUGGCAAGAACUGCUGGUCUUUCUUUGGAAAGAUUGGAGGAGCCCAGAUGGUGGCCCUGAUGAAAAAUGGCUGCAUGAGUAAAGGAGCAAUUCAGCAUGAACUGAACCAUGCACUGGGCUUUAUACAUGAACAGUCCCGAAGUGACCGGGACAACUAUGUUAGGAUUAUGUGGGAAUACAUUAUGGCAGGGGAACAAGAGAACUUUGGGAAAGUGAAUUCCAAUAACCUGGGUCUUCCUUAUGACUAUUUCUCAGUGAUGCACUAUGGCGCCUAUGCUUUCUCUAACACCUCUGGGAAAGCGACUAUCGUACCAAUUCCUGAUCCUUCUGUACCCAUUGGACAGAGAUAUGGACUGAGUAACCUGGAUGUGGCUAAAAUCAAUAAGAUCUAUAACUGCAAUCGCUGUAGCAGUGUACUUCCUAAUGCUAAUGGCACCUUCUCCUCUGCCAACUACCCAUCUCCAUACCCAGACAAUAGCAAUUGCCUCUGGCUCAUACGAAUUCCACAGAACAAGGUUUUCCUGCAGUUUCAGGAAUUUAGCCUUCAGUCUUCUCCAGACUGUGCUUCGGACUACAUUCGCAUUUAUGAUGGAAGCAGCAGAAACGCCCGGAUCUUGCUGGACAAGUAUUGUGGGGUGGCUCCAUUACCAGCACUGGUGGCUUCUGGACACAUGAUGCUUAUAGAGUUUGUGAGUGAUAUGGCUAUUGCAGGAACAGGUUUCACAGCCUCCUAUAGUCAUGUGAAAUGUGGAGGUACUUUUACAAAUGCAUAUGGGGUCAUUACUUCUCCAAACUACCCCAACAAAUAUCCGAAAAACCAGGACUGUUUUUGGAUUGUUGGUGCACCUCCAGGAUACCAGAUAUUUCUAAAAGUGGUUUUCUUUGAGUUGGAAGAUAUUGAUGAAUGCCGGUAUGACUACUUGGUCAUUCACAAUGGAAGCCGGCCCACAUCCCCCGCUGCUGGCCCAUACUGUGGGACAAUGAAGAUCCCAGAAUUUACCUCUACUGAGAAUUUUGUGCUGGUAGAAUUUCACAGUGAUAUAGUUUGGGUGUUUCAUGGAUUCAUGAUUAAUUACACUUUUGUUAUGCCAUCAUGAAGAAAACUGUAGAAGAAAAAGCUGCUUCUUCCCCAGUGUCAGGAAGAAAGACAAGAAUCCUCCGGAGAACAUAGAUUCUUCUCACUCUUCAUCAUUAGCCUGAAAUAUUGUUUCUUCUAUGCACUGGUUAAUUUUCACUAUCAGCAUGAAUGUUUCAUUAUCUAAGGGCACG